CGGCCGCUCUCAGGACCCGAGCUGCCCGCUGCUGUGCCGGUGUGCAGCGGGCUACAACGGCUCUCGUGCCUCCGUCAGGUGUUGCCGACAGAACUCGCUUUUUCCCUCGCAGACUUUCGUCUGCAGCGUACGGCUUGGCGCGGCCGUCGGCCCCAAAGCAGCGUCCUGAAAGCGAGCGAUAGGAGCAGGCGGCGUCGCGGGCAGCCCACGCCGGGGGUCCUGCGGCGAUCGCUCCCCCCCGCAGCCCACGUGGGUAGAGGCUUCCAGAAGAGCCGCGGCACCUCACGCCCCGUCCUUCGCCGCUCCGCCAUGAUCAGCGCCAGCCGUGCCGCCGCGCGCCUCCCCCUGCUGCUGCCGCGGGGCGGCCCCGGGCCCGCCGUCCCUGGGCUGGCGCAGACUUUCUGGAAUGGCCUCAGUCAGAAUGUCCUCAGAGCGGCAGCGAGCAGGAAAUAUGCCUCAGAAGCAAUUAAGGGUGCCGUUAUUGGAAUCGAUUUGGGUACAACAAACUCCUGUGUGGCUGUUAUGGAAGGUAAACAAGCCAAAGUGCUGGAGAACUCUGAAGGUGCCAGGACAACGCCUUCGGUUGUUGCCUUCACAGCUGAUGGUGAGCGUUUGGUCGGAAUGCCAGCCAAGAGGCAGGCAGUAACUAAUCCUCAUAACACCUUCUAUGCUACCAAGCGGCUCAUCGGGCGGCGCUUUGAUGACUCUGAAGUGAAGAAGGAUAUUAAAAAUGUUCCAUUUAAAAUUGUCCGUGCCUCCAAUGGUGAUGCCUGGGUAGAGGCCCAUGGGAAGCUGUAUUCUCCAAGCCAAAUCGGUGCCUUUGUACUAAUGAAGAUGAAGGAGACUGCAGAAAACUACCUGGGGCACCCAGCAAAGAAUGCUGUGAUUACAGUUCCUGCUUAUUUCAAUGAUUCUCAGAGACAGGCUACGAAAGAUGCUGGGCAGAUCUCUGGCCUAAAUGUUUUAAGGGUGAUUAAUGAACCAACUGCAGCUGCUCUUGCCUAUGGUCUGGAUAAGUCUGAAGACAAAAUCAUUGCAGUUUAUGACUUGGGUGGUGGCACUUUUGAUAUUUCCAUUUUGGAAAUCCAGAAAGGAGUCUUUGAGGUGAAGUCAACCAAUGGUGAUACUUUCUUAGGUGGAGAAGAUUUUGACCAGGCUUUACUACAGUAUAUUGUUAAAGAAUUCAAGAGAGAGACAGGUGUUGACCUGACUAAAGACAACAUGGCCCUUCAGAGGGUGAGAGAAGCAUCAGAGAAAGCAAAGUGUGAGCUUUCUUCAUCUGUGCAGACGGAUAUUAACUUGCCAUACCUUACUAUGGAUGCCUCUGGACCAAAGCACUUGAACAUGAAACUGAGUCGCUCGCAGUUUGAGGGCAUUGUAGCAGAUCUGAUCAAAAGGACAGUAGCACCAUGCCAGAAAGCCAUGCAGGAUGCUGAAGUCAGCAAGAGUGACAUUGGUGAAGUUAUCCUCGUCGGUGGCAUGACCAGAAUGCCAAAGGUGCAACAGACUGUGCAGGAUUUGUUUGGCCGUGCUCCUAGCAAAGCAGUUAAUCCUGAUGAAGCCGUUGCUAUUGGUGCAGCUAUUCAAGGUGGUGUGUUAGCUGGUGAUGUUACUGAUGUGCUGCUGCUGGAUGUGACUCCCCUCUCCUUAGGGAUCGAGACACUGGGGGGUGUCUUCACAAAGCUCAUCAACAGGAAUACUACCAUACCAACCAAGAAGAGCCAGGUGUUUUCUACUGCUGCGGAUGGGCAGACACAAGUGGAGAUUAAAGUAUGCCAGGGAGAGAGAGAGAUGGCCAGUGACAACAAACUUCUUGGCCAGUUCACCUUGGUUGGGAUUCCUCCAGCCCCACGUGGGGUGCCCCAGAUUGAGGUCACUUUUGACAUUGAUGCUAAUGGUAUCGUUCAUGUGUCAGCCAAGGACAAAGGCACUGGACGUGAACAGCAAAUUGUUAUCCAGUCUUCUGGUGGCCUUAGCAAAGAUGAAAUUGAGAACAUGGUGAAGAAUGCAGAGAAAUAUGCAGAGGAAGACAGACGAAGAAAGGAACGUGUGGAAGCUGUAAACCUGGCUGAAGGCAUCAUCCAUGAUACAGAGUCUAAGAUGGAGGAAUUCAAGGAUCAGCUGCCAGCAGAUGAGUGCAACAAAUUGAAGGAAGAAAUUGCUAAAAUGAGAGAACUUCUGGCUCGUAAAGACACUGAAACAGGAGAAAAUAUUAGGCAGGCAGCAACCAGUCUGCAGCAGGCUUCCUUGAAACUCUUUGAAAUGGCAUACAAGAAGAUGGCCUCGGAACGAGAGAGUUCUGGAAGUUCAGGAGAUCAGAAGGAAGAGAAGCAAUAAGAAGUCUGUCUUACCUUGAUGAGAGUACAAAGAAGAGGUGGAUAUUCUUGGUGCUUGGGAGAGAAGGGACCUUCCUGAGCAGAAAUGGGCAGAAUUCAGACUUACUGUGUUUUUGCAGUAUUCUAUAUAUAAAAUUCUUAAAUGUAUAAACUUAGUGAUGUGUCUGCUAGAUAAAUUGUCACAUGAUGAAAGUUAAUUCAUGCAAGAUGAAGUUCUAAGUGUUUGGCCCUGUGGUAUUCAACUGAGGCUCAUGGGGACUUGCUAAGCAUUUAAUUCUGAUACUUGACACAAUGGUGUGCUACAUCUGAUAUCAAAGUUUGGAAACCAUGUUAUUAAAUCAGAAGGUGGAGAUUGAAAUUCUGGUGGAUCCUCCUUGUGGAUCUGAGUACUUGUGAACAGGUAAUAAAGCCUGCAAACAAUGCAGUGAUAAGGCUGGUUAUGUUGCUAGAGAAUAUACAGAUCUGCAGCUAGGUUAGCACCCUCAUUCUGACAGAGAUGGGUUACUUCAAAUGUAGUUGUAACACUUCUUACAGAAGAGGCCAUGUGGAAGUUGCAUACUUUACUUGUCUGAGCCUUCUGCUCCAUCCUGUGUCUGUUCUUUGCUUAUGGCAAAACAAUUUCCUGGAUAAUAAAACUGUUAUUGGAUC